AUGUCUCGAACAUCACCUGCUCAAAACUUGCCUAUUGGGGCCGAUGAAUCCUCAGCGCCCCUUCAACAGGAUCAAGAAACUAUUCCCAGACGCGUCGAAUACCGACCCGAGAACCAGCGCGAAUACAACAAUGCUGAGAAAUUUACCCUGGAUCCAAAGAUUCGUGAGGAUCCUCUGUUCUUGAAUAUCCUUUCGGGGAUGGAUGACGUACAAAUCGCCGGCCAACAACGGGAAAUACUGAAUGGACAUGGGGCGGAACAAUAUGCUGCACAGAGUGGUAACGAAAUAAUAAUGAACUGGAUUUCACAUGUGCAAAGCGAAAGCGAAAAUUUUACAAAGUACGAGUAUGAUAUGAACGAGGAUAUCAACAAUGGAGAUAUUAGUCUCAAUGGGUAUGGGGCCAAUGCAAGCUUACUCAGCCCAAAAGAGCUCUUCGAAACUAAAGAGGAAGUCGACCUCAGAAUCCAAUCCGCCAUCGACAUCAUAUCGUUUUACACUGAGCGACCUGCAUUCAUCGCAAAGAAAUCCACUUCCGCUGCCAAUGGCGAUGAAAGUUAUUCGGGGCGAAAUCGAUAG